AUGCUGCUACCGACGCUGUCAAGAGCUGCGGUGGCCAGCGUUGGGCUGCAGGCUCGAUCAACGUUUGCCGCAUCAAAAGCACCGAUGGUCUCGAGGCCGCCGCUCGGCCUCAUACGAUCGUACGCGACAUCAAGGCCUUCACUCACACCAACACCACUCACGGCCCUCAGGCAGCUCGCCGCGCACCGGUUUCAGCAGCAGCGUCUCCAGUCGACCGCCACGAUCACCCCGUCCGACCUCUCAUCCACCACUGCAGCCUCAUCAACACCCCUCAUCUCGCGCCCCAUCGUAGCACUCCACCUCUUCGCGCUCGCCUUCCUCGUCUACGCCAUCGUCAUUGUCGGCGGUCUUACCCGGCUCACCGAAUCCGGUCUCUCCAUCACCGAGUGGAACCCCGGCUUUCGCGGUCUUCACCUCCCCACCACCACCCCGGAAUGGGAAUCCGAAUGGGCCAAGUACAAACAAACCCCUGAAUUCCACCUUCUCAACAGUCGCAUGAGUCUCGACGAUUUCAAACGGAUCUACAUGUGGGAGUGGGGGCAUCGGGUGUUGGGUCGGGUUAUCGGGGUAGCAUUCACUUUGCCCGCUGCCUACUUCAUCUUCUCCAAAAAGGUUGCGGGAUCGACGAGGUUCAAGCUGGCAGGGAUAGCAGUGGGGAUUGGGUUCCAGGGUUUCUUGGGGUGGUUCAUGGUCAAAUCCGGACUGAGCGUUCCAAAGGGGAGUGAGGGGAGAGCAAAGAUGGUGACUCCGGAGAAGGGUGGGAAGAGUGUACCGACGAGUUCGGCAGAGACGUUGGUGGCGACGGCGGAAUGGACGCCGAGAGUCUCGCAUUUCAGGCUUGCAUUGCACAUGGGGACGGCGUUUUUGGUCUACCUCGCCAUGCUCCAUACCGGGUUGGCGGUUCAACGCGAUUACAAAGCCGCCACGCUCACCGGGUCCCCCUCGGGUGUUCCACUUCGAAACACCAGCACGCUGUCCCAGCUGGCGAACACGCUGAAUCACCCCCUGCUCCGAGGACACGCGAGGCUGGUCAAGGUGGUCGCAGGAUUGGUGUUUACCACGGCCAUGUCGGGCGCGUUGGUCGCGGGCCUCGACGCAGGGUUGGUGUACAACGAGUUCCCUACCAUGGGAGAAGGUCGGAUUGCACCACCCAUCGACGAGCUCAUGGACGACCGCUUUGCUCAGCGUCAGGAUGGAUCCGACAAAGUGUGGAGGAAUCUCACGCAGAAUCCGGUCACUGUGCAGCUGAUCCAUCGCACGCUGGCGGUCACCACCGCUUGCACGGUACUGGCGCUGGCGUGGAGGACCCAUCGCUUGGGCCGGGUCUACUCCGCUGCGAUGAAGGCAGCAGGAGGGAAAGCGAUGCUGCCGAGUUUACCACCAAGAGUAACGUCGCUCGCCAAGGCAUCCGUCGCAGUCGUCGCCGCUCAGGUGACGCUCGGGAUCACAACGCUGAUCUACAUGGUGCCGAUUCCGUUGGCGAGCGCACACCAGGCUGGCGCAAUGGCGUUGUUGAGCGUGCUAGUCGCCAUGUCGUCCGCGUUGAGGCCCAUUCCAGCGAGUGUCCUGGCAAAGGGCUUGGGGAGGAACAGUGGAGUGCUGGGACGGGUGCUCAACAGCACAAGUGCGCACGGAAAGGUGGCGACCAAACGCGUCGCUGUGUAG